GCGAGAGCGACGUAGAUGAAGAAGAUAUGUCAAGAGCAUUAAUUUUAUAUACAGAAGAGUUAGAAAAGAAAUUAGGAGGCAUAAAAAAGUUUAAUUAUUCAAAGUUUAAAGAUAGAAAAUUUGUUGGUCGUGGUGGAUCAGCUGUUGUUUAUUCGGCAGUUUUUCAAAGGAAAAAGUACGCACUAAAAAGUUUAAACAAUAAUUUAAGCAUUGAUAAAAAAAUAUUUAAAGAGACAAAACGUGAGCUUGGACUUCUUUACCAACUUAAUCAUCCAAACAUUGUCAAAUUUCAUGGAGUUUCAAUUGGGAAUUCUGUUGAAUUUAUAAUAAACAAUCCAGAUCCUGUACUGGAGGAUCGUCAGUUAAUGUUAGAAAAUUCCAAAGACUGUCAAAACAAUACAUAUAAAGAAUCCAAAAGCGAGCCUAGGCUCUUAAUUAUUUCACAUUUUUUACCGUAUACUAUUGUAGAGACGGUUAGUGGAUAUAAACUUGAAAAAUCAUCUAAUGGUUUGGUGGACAUACUUAGUGAAUUUGAAAAAUCAAGAAAAUUUAUUUGGAUCGGACUACUUGGUGGAAGUGUAUCUGAAGGAAGAGAUAAGAUUACUGCGCAGCUAAAAGAAUUCUCAUAUUAUCCUGUUUUUAUUGAAAAUUCUUUAAUUAAACGUCAUGAUAAUUUUUCAAAUUUGACUCUAUGGCCAUUGUUUCACUAUUGCAAUCCUUCCGAUAAGUUUUUCAACCAAGAAGAUUGGGAAUCAUAUAAGACUGUUAAUGGUCUUUUUGCAGAUGUUAUUAAUGAUAUAGUUCAAGAUGAUGACUUAAUAUGGAUACAUGGUCAUCAUCUUAUGCUUUUGCCAGAAAUGUUAAGAAAGAGAAUUGGUAAUAGAAAGUUAAAUGUAAAGAUUGGUUAUUUCUUACAUACGCCGUUUCCAAGUAGUGAAAUCUACAGAAUUCUUCCUGUUCGUGAAGAAAUUUUGACUAGUGUCCUUAAAUCUGAUCUGGUUGGGUUUCAAACAUUUGACAAUGCUCGUCACUUUUUGUCUUCAUGUACUAGUAUAUUAGGUUUAUUGACCAAACCUAAUAGAGUUUACUAUGAAGAUAGGCAUGUGCAUGUUGGCAUAUUUCCUAUCGGCAUUGAUCCAGAAAGAUUCAAUGGGAACUUAAAUGAAAUCGAAGCAAAUGAAAUUGAAGUUCAAAGGCAUAUUAAAAACUUGAAAGGAAAAUAUAAAGAUAUUAAAAUUAUUUCAAGCAUAGAUCAAUUGGAUUAUAUUAAAGGCGUUCCACAAAAGUUACAUGCAUUUUAUUUAUUCUUAACUAAACAUCCCGAAUGGAUUGGAAAAGUUGUAUUUAUUCAUGUAGUCAAGUCUUCUCGAUGGUAUACUGAAGAGCGUGAUAAUUUACAUCAUGUUGUCAAUGGACUGGAAGGAAAAAUUAAUGGCGAAUUUAGUACUUUUGACUUAUCACCUAUUCAUUUCAUGCAUUAUAAGCUUUCUUUCGAAGAGUUAUUAGCACUAUAUACUGUGUCAGAUGUAUUCAUGGUUACAUCAUUAAGAGAUGGUAUGAAUGUUUUACCUCAUCAAUACAUUUCACGUCAGCAAAAAAAUAAAGGAGUAUUGAUUCUUAGUGAAUUUACUGGUGCUGCUCAAUGUUUGGAUG